GUUCAGUUCCAACAAUCGUCGGAGUGAGCAGCAACAGCAGCGGCAACUGACAGGAGAAAUAAUCGUUUAUUAUUCUAUAUAUUGGGUUUUCUCCCAAUCCAAAAAUAAAUCUCAAUUCUUGUGUUCGAAUUCGAAAAGUUGAAUUGCCUGCGCAUGCGUUGAAUGUUUUUUUCUAUCACAGCAGCUGUUCCAAAAAAACCAAAAAACAAAUUAAAUUUAAAUUUACUUUAGUUCCAAGAAAUAUAUUUCAAAACUGAUCGCUUCGAUUUGCGGUUGGUGGCAUUAAAAUAAUAAAUAAAUACUUUUCGAAACCAAUAAUCGGAAAUUUAUAAACCAUUUAAGAAUAUUAAAUACAAAAUCAAAAACAUAUAAAAAUAUAUAUAUAUAAAGGCGAGCGCGUUUCCGUUGGUGUUGAAUGCAAAUCGCUGUAAAUAAAUAUAAUUAUACAGUUUGUUAAUCGGCGUGUGUUAAACAAAUUAUAUAAUUUACCGCCAAGUUAAAUAAAUUACAUUAUUUACACUUAAUCGUGGUUGUUGCCGUCAAGUGCAAGAAAGAGACGUCAAGAUGUCGAAUACAGAGGGAGGAGGUAUACAGAGAAUAAGAAACGCCCUAUCAUGCCGCCAAGUCUUGAAUCUGCUGACCAUGCUCGGCUUCAUGCUGAACUAUGCCCUAAGAGUGAAUCUAACUAUUGCAAUUGUCGAUAUGGUCAGGCCAAAUGUCACGGAAACCAAUAGCACUAGCGUGGUCAAUGGAACAAACAGCACUUCAUCUGGAUCCUUAUCUCCGGAUGGCGUUGAUGUCUACGAGGAACGUUUUCCCUGGGACUCGUAUCAAACGAACUUUGUGCUGGGAUGCUUCUUCUGGGGUUACAUCCUGACCGAGCUGCCUGGCGGACGAUUGGCUGAGUUAAUUGGUGGUCGUCGCGUCUUCGGACACUCCAUGCUGUGGGCCAGUCUGUUGACAUUGAUCACACCAAUGGCUGCUCACAUCAACUAUGUGGUCUUGAUCAUAGUGCGAGUGGUUCUGGGCUUCAUGUUGGGUGCAUCCUGGCCAGCCAUUCAUCCAGUGGCUGCCGUCUGGAUUCCACCCAUGGAGCGUUCGAAAUUCAUGUCCAAUAUGAUGGCUUCUUCUUUGGGCGCUGCUAUAACCAUGCCAGUGUGUGGCUAUCUGAUCUCAGUGGCCGGUUGGGCUAGUGUCUUCUAUUUGACUGGAGCUGUGGGUCUUCUUUGGUCUAUAUGUUGGUUUACCUUCGUCUAUGAAACUCCUGCCACUCAUCCACGCAUCACGGCCGAAGAGAGACGCGAAAUCGAGGAAGCUAUUGGCACAUCUACCUCCAAGAAACGUCCCAGCCAUGUGCCAUGGGGUGACUUGCUAUGCUCACCAGCUGUUUGGGCCAUCAUCAUUUGCCAUGGUCUAGCCGUCUUUGGUUUCUUCACAGUGGUCAAUCAAUUGCCCACAUUUAUGUCACAGAUUUUGCACUUUAAGAUCAAGGAGAACGGUCUCUUUUCCUCGCUGCCUUACUUGGGCAAGUACCUUAUGGCUGUCGCCUCAUCUUAUUUGGCUGAUUAUCUGCGUCAAAAGGGCACUCUGGGUACCACAGCCACACGAAAAGUGUUCACAGCAUUUGCUCUUGUCAUACCUGGUCUCUUGAUGAUUGUUCAAGUUUACCUCGGCUAUGAUGCCACCUGGUCAGUGACCAUCUUUUCUCUGGCCCUAUUCUUCCAUGGAGCUGUCACUGCCGGUUAUCUGGGUAAUGGUUUGGAUAUUGCACCCAAUUUCAGUGGCACAAUAUUUGGUUUGGCCAAUACAUUGUCUUCCUUUGGUGGUUUUCUAUCCACUUGGAUGGUUGGCGCCUUGACCUAUCAUGAUAAAUCCUUCCAUCAAUGGCAAAUUGUUUUUUGGAUUCUGGCAGCAACUUAUAUUGCAGGAGCUUUGGUAUUUGUGGCCAUUGGUUCUGGUGAAUUGCAGCCCUGGAACAAUCCACCAGAGCGCAAGAAGAUCAGCGACGUAACCCAAGAAGAGGGUGUUCCACUCAAGAAUGAGAAGUGAGAUAACUGAGACAUUUCACUGCAUUUUCAGGCAUGAAUGAGAAUUGAACGCAUCCCACCACUGCAGAUAUAACAAUAUCAAGAGACACACACAAAUCAAAUCAUCAUUCGCACAAGUUAUAGUAGAAAUUUCUAAUUUCUACAGCACAUUUUGAGAUUUUAAGUGUUUCGCAUAGCACUCAUAUUCUUAGUCGAAAUUUAUAUAGACAAAUGAAAAAAAAAAACAACAAAAAAAACACACACAUACAACAAAUACUAAACAAAGGAUAUACAAUAUAAAAGACAUUAUUUUUACCAAUAGAAAAAUGUCUGCUUUAUGGAAAUUGACUAUAUUGAUAAGUAAUAUUUACUUUAGAGCAACAUUUAUAUAUUUUAAAUGAUUUUUAUAGUAUUCUAUUUGUCCAUGAAGUGCAUAGAGUUAUCUCUAUCUGUAUAGCAUAUAUAUAUAUAUACAUAUAGAUAGACAUUAUUUGUAAAAAGAUACUUGAAGAUAAACAGACAAAUUCUAUGCACAACGUGUUUAUUUUUAAGUAGUUAUCUAAUAUAGUGUAAAUGAAAUUUUUAAAAGAAUCAUCUAUAUAUAUAUAUAUAUUGUACAUGUACUUUAUUAUUUAUGUAAUUAAUUUAUAGUUUUCCAUAAGAUCGUAAUAAAGUUUAAAAAAGACAAAGAA